AGCCUCCCGAAUUGUUGUUGGGGAGGCGCUGAGGGUGAGUCUUAGGAGGGUGAGGUGGGGAGAUUGCAGCAGCUCGGGGCGGCCUCCAGGCGGGCAGAAGGGGGGCGAGGAAGGGGUGAAAGGGACCCCCCUUUUAACCCCCCGCCCCAGCCCCCUUCUCACCAGCCCAGCUGGGGAAAAUCCUUCCCACCACCAUGCAAGCAAUUUCCUCCCCCCCUUCUCUUUUUUGAAACCACGUAGUCUCUGGGCAACGCAGUCAGAUGGCCAUGGUGCAAAUAAUAACAUUAUUACUGUCAUCAAUCAAUCAAUUCCACAGGAGUAGGUGUGCUCAGCUCCUCCUACUGCUCCAGACCAGGAAUGGGAAUCUUGUGGUUCCCCCUAUAUUGCAUGGCUUAGGGCAGAUCCUGCCUGUGCAUUGAAACACCCAUGAAAUAACACACAUUUUCGAAGGGCCCGGCUUCUCUGCAAGGAUCCCUGGCUGGGGGAACUGUAGUUUUCCAAGCAGGCACCUUGCAAGGUCCACCGGGCUAUGAGCUUCGUGGGCGACUGGGAAUUUAUUUUGUUUUUAACCUUACCGCUUUGUGGUGGAACUAAGGUGGGGGGAAAGGUGGGAAAGGACAAAGAUCUUCCAACCAUACUUGUCUCUCUCGCACCCCACAACCCGUCCCCACAGGUUGUGGAAGAAGCUCAGUGACCCCUUCCAGGCGGCCUCCUCUUUGUGAAAAGAGAAGAAAUGGCUCAGGCUCUGGUGUCCUUUGAGGAGGUGGCCAUGCAUUUCACGAAGGAGGAGUGGGAACUCCUCAACCCAUGGCAGAAGGCUCUGUACAAGGAAAUCAUGCUGGACAAUUAUAGGAAUGUGACCUCCCUGGAAGGAGGAGACCCUCUCAUGCCCAGGCCAGACCUCAUCCGCUGGCUCGAAGAACUGGUUAUACUGCCCUGCAUGGAAGGAUGCUCAGCAGCAGGAAGUAAAGAUCCAGAGAUUAAAAGUGAAGUAGAUUCUGACUGCCCCUUGAGUCCCCUGAAAAUCUGCUUUGGAGAGUUGGGGGAAGCCCCGGAACCGAUUUGCAAGGUCAAGAGAGAGGAGGAACCUUCCAUUAUGCAGGCAGAAAACCGUCCACCAACAGAACAGCUUUGUUCGAUACAGCCCAAAGUGUCAGCAAAAGGAGCCAAGCAUCCCAAGCUGGAAACCUGUAGCAGAGGAUCUUCCUGCAACAGCACGAAGGCGAACAGCGUGGAAGCCCUGCUGCGAGAUCCCUUUCCUGAGCGCAGUUUGGCUGAGCAGUGCCGUAUUAAAGAUCUCGGUCCCGACUGCCCUGACCUGUGCAUUGUGCAAACCGUGCUGGAGAAAGGCAAGCCGGUCACCCGGAGGUUUAGCAGGGCCUGGUACGACCGGAAGGAGUGGCUUUGCGGGAGCGCCUCGAAAAACGCGUUUCUGUGCUUUCCCUGCUUGCUGUUUGGCGGCGCCGUCACCUGGGCACGGACUGGAGUGGCAGACAUGAAACAGAUCUCCAUAAAGACAAAGGUUCACGAGGAAUCUGCAAAGCACAGGGAAAACUGCCUUAAGCUGGCUGGGUUGGGCAGAGACAAUGGCACUGAGCCAAAGGACAUUGGCUGCGACGCUCACACCAGGAAGCAUAGCCAGGAAGUGGAGAACAGCCCGCCUCAUCCCCGUGCUCUGGAAUGUCCCGAAUACCACCAUUUGGUAGACAAGAGAAAAACAAAGAGCCCUUUCUGGGUGCAUUUUGGAUUGCCUGCCAACGAGAGUGGCCGUCUGGUGUCCGACGGUGUCGCGAUUUGCAAAAUAUGUUCGCACUCGGUAUCCGCAAAAGGCGGAAACACCUCCAACCUCGGCAAACACCUCCAGCUCAAACACCCUCUGAAAUUUAGGGAGCUGCCUUCUUCGUCCAGAGACGUUUCCGUUCCUUCCUGUAAAAAUGCUGCUGGGCCGGCGGCUGCGACGACAUCAGCGAGUGCUGUAGUAACUGUUGCGGAAAGUCCUCGGGAACAGCAAAACACUGCGUCGGAUUCUCAGCCGCUCAAUCCUAAGAGCUCGAGAUCCUGUACUCAGGCAAUCACAGAGUAUCUGGCUACGUGCCUGGAGCCUUACAACACAGUGGACCACCCCAAAUUUAUCCAGAUGGUAAACGCUCUGAAACCGAAAUAUCCGUUGCCCGGUAGAAAAUACUUCGCCACCGCAGGAGUUCCAAAGCUGUACAAGGACACGGUGGUAAAAAUGAAGAGAGAACUGUGCCGGCUAACUAAGACUGAACUGGCCAUCACAACUGAUUGCUGGACGUCUGUUGUUGGCGCUCCGUUUGUGGCCGUGACGGUACAUUUCAUUUCGGACGAGUGGAAGUUGACCGACGCUUGCUUGGCCUGUAGACAUUUUUUGAAGGAGCCCAGUGCAGCCGUUCUUUGCGAAAUGCUGAGAGACACCUUAUCGGAGUGGGGCAUCGACGUGAAGAACGUAUUUUGCAGCACGACAGUUAACAGCGCCAAUAUUCUCAAAGCGGCCCGGCAGCUGGGCUUAGAGCACAUUUCUUGCUUUGCUCACAAUAUAAACGGCGGGGUGAACCGAGCUCUAAACCUGACGCAGCUGAGAAGGGCAGUCGGAAGGCUGAAAAGGCUACAAAGCAGUAUUUGCCGUAGCUGGAAAAUGAGGCGGGACCUCACCAGAGCUCAGGAGAUCCUCGAGAUGGACAAGGUGGGCUUGCCAAGCGCUUGUCCCACAAGGUGGUGGAGUCUGCUCAAACUGUGCCGAAGGUUUCUCGAAAACCAGCUCCCGCUGUGCAAGGUACUUAUGGUUUAUCCGUCUAAAAGACAUUUGAUGUUGGAAGGGGACGACGUCUCGGCUGUCCAAGACUUUGUGUCUGCAGCUGCCGUGUUAGAGGACCUCACCACGACUCUAAGCGGAAGCAGUUACGUCACGGCAUCAUCUGUCCUGCCUCUUUAG